AUGGCAAGUUUCGCGGUGUCCGUGCUGUUGGUGCUGCUGGUGGUUCAUCCUGAUGGGUCAUCCGGCAGAUGUCACGUCCAAGAUGGCCGCCUGCAUUGUACGGAGGCGUGCGACACGGAUGCGGUUCGCGCUUCUGAAUUCGGCGGCAAGAUCGUCCUCACGGGCCGAGUUCUGGAUUUUGGCUGUCUUGACUUCUUCGGCAUAACGAAAGUUGAACUGUUGGCUCCGACUCGCUGCGAGGGGGUUUUUCGUGCUUCAUUGGUCGAUCCGGUGGACCUUUGCAUGACCGGGCAGAUUACGACGAAGUUACCAUCUUCUUCAUCACUUCCCACGCAUGUUCCGAGUUCGUCAACGAUGGUUCCCGUUGCAUCGACGGAGCCGGUGACGUCAACGACGGCGGCUUCUUUCACUUCUUUUUCGACGGAGGCGCCAUCUGUCGUCACUUCUGGGGACACUGUGGUCACACAGGGCCCUAUUACAGCUUCGUCUGUUGGAGUCCGUAUGUUGACGACGUUCAUGACUGAAAUGACAAAACAGACUACGCCUGCUCCUAUGACGACCAAGCCUUCCAUCAUAGUUUCGGUGUUAAAAAAUCUUCCUGAAACCCGAAUUCACUCUGGGGAUCAUGCCAACAUCACUCUAACGGUAGUGGAAGGAAAAGCGGUCUUGGGCGCGGAGUUUGCUACCAAAGUAUUCUCUAAUUGGGCCGUUGGGCUGAUUAGUGGUCUUGGCGUGACGGUUUUUGGUUUGGCUGCUGGGUGGAUGGCCUGGUGUUUGAGAAAAAAGCCUUGGCUGCUGUCAUACCUGAGGAGGGCGGAAGAGAUAUGGCGAAUCCUGACACCACCGACAACUCCAGCGUCAUCUCCUUUACCACCGCAAUCGUCGGUUGAUGUGGUACCUGAUCUCAUUUCGUUGGAUGCAGUUCCAGAGAUUCUUCCACCUCCUAUUGGCUUUGUUUCGGAAUUUGAACCUGCAAUUGAAGAAGCUCAAAGUUCUGUGGUUAAU